GCACCCCUCUCCUGUCUUCCUACCAUCUCACGCAUUUCCUCUUCUAUUUCCCAUAUUUAUGGGUUAAAAACAGUACACGUCAUUGCUCCUUCAACUGUUUGUUUAAUUCUUUCUAAACUGAAGUAACGAUUUUUUUCAGCUACUUUAGUUUUUCAUUUUUAGAGGUUCUAUUGGGCUAAAAAAAAAUCUCCCCGGUCUUUAAAAAAAAAUUACAUCUUCUUGUUCUUUACUCACGUUUAGGUUUCUGUUGGGUUUUGGUUUUGUAGAUGUGUGGCUAGAACGCAGGUCCUGGUUGUGUGAUAGGCAAGGGUGCUACCACUUAGCCACACCUGCCGCUCAUGUUUUAGAUGCCCCCUUUGGUUUAUUUCAUGACAUUCAAUACACUCACACUGUACGCCUAGCAAUCUCAGGGUCUGAGGGGCUCAUGCUCGGCUCUGUUCGACUUUUCCUUGUGAUUCUUUGUUUCCUUUUGUGGUUUGUGGUUCCGGACUGUGAGCUUGUUUGAAAGACCUCUUGCUAUCUGUGUACAUUCUUUGAAACUUGGUUUGAUUAUACUUUCACUCCCGGAGGGUUUCACUUUCUCCUUCCUUCCCUCUUUCCCAUCUCUCUUCUUUCCUUGUGGGGUGUGUGUGUGUGUGUGUGUGUGUGUGUGUGUAUGUGUGUGUGUGUGUGUGUUUCUGGAGGGUCAAACCCAGACUUCAUAUAUGCUAAGCAAAUGUGCUACCACUGAGUUACACCCCAGUCUCUCGGGUUUUAUUUUCUUUGCUGAGUGUGUGAUUGCACUAUCUAAUCAGUUUCAUUUGAAUUAAGUUUAUAGCUGUUGUCUCUGUUGAUGACCCUACUGGGCUCCUGUAGUGUAAAUACUGGGCUCUUGUAGUGUAAAUAUGUUUUAGAGAAGACUUUUCUCACUCAGAACUAAGGAAUGAAACAGGAUGAGCCUGCCGGCAAACCAAGCUAAGGAGGCCAGCCAGGAGUCUCUGCCCGCAAACCAACUCAAGGAGCACAGCCCGGAGCCCCGGAUCGUAUGCUCCGACCCGGACAUCGUCGUGGAGCUGAAUGUAGGAGGGCAGUUCUACACCACCACCAUGGGCACCCUGAUGAAACAUCCAGGCUCCAAGUUUCCAGAGAUACUAUCCAGAUCAGCUAAACACUACAAAGACGCACAGGGCCGCUUCUUCAUUGACCGUCCUGGCACCUACUUUGGGCCUAUCUUGGACUACCUACGCACUGGGCAGGUGCCCAGAGAGCACAUUCCUGAGGUCUACCGUGAGGCUAAGUUCUACCAACUCCAUCUUCUGGUCAAGAUGCUGGAGGAUAUGCCACAGAUCUUUGGGGAGCAAGUGGCCCGAAUGCAGUUCUUGCUGGGAGUGCCAAACUACAGAGAGAACCUGGAGGUCCUGCUGCACCUGGCUCGGGCAGAGGCUGUGGCGAUGCGCUCGUCAAAGGUGGUGGUGUGUGUGGUGCACACGGAGGAGGAGGAUGCCAAGUGUGCGGAGCCGUUGCAUAUCUUGGAGGCCAAAAAGACGCCCGUUGUCAAAUUUGGGCCCUGGAAGGCAGGCCCUGGGACGGAGGACUUUGUGCACUGCCUGGAGAAGGACAUUAGAGCCCAGGGGUAUAAGGUGUCCCCUCAGAGGUACCAUCUGAGUAGGGACCCCUACACAUGCUUCUGGAUAUUCGUCUUCACUUGGUGGUGAUCCCUAGGAGGGGGCGGGCACUGUUGGUUAGGGGCCGUGGUGGGACUUGUGAAAUCCGUUGCCAUCAAAAUCCAUGUUCUAAAGCUGAGCCUGUAGUUCCAGCCCUUGGGAGGCUGAGAUAAGAAGACUCCCAUGAGUUCGAGGCCAGGCUUGGAUAUAGACUAAAACCCCAUUGAAAUGACUCAGGAGAGGCCAGGCUACCCUGACUCCACACCUGCUCCCCUCUGGAUCCACAUCUGCUUGCCAGAAUAAAGUAGGGUUCUCCCAUCUUCUGAGAAAUGAAGCUUGUCAAAUAUUUAACAAAGUGUAGCCGGAAACUUCUCCGGUCCCACCCUGCCCCGCGGUCCCACAACCACUUAGAAAAUAGUCACUUGAGGCUUAUAUUAAUUACAAACUGUAUGGCCUAUGGCUUCAGCUUCUGGCUAGCUAGCUCUUUCAUUUUAAAUUAAUCCAUUCCUAUUAAUCUCUAUGGUGCCCUGUGGUUGUGGUGCUACCGGUCUGCUGACAUCUUGUUGCAUCUCUUUUGACUCUGCCCUUCUCUCUGUAUCUCUGCUUGGACUUCCCACCUGGCUGUAAGCUUUCUUGCCAUAGGCCAAAACAGCUCAAUUUAUUAUCCAGUGAGAGGCCCACAUAUUCACAGCAUACAGAAAGACAUCCCACAGUAGACAAAGGGUUCCUCGUUGCUUGCUGGGAAAUAACCCUGAUGUAAAACCCCCCCUAGCCUGCACCUGGUGUGACGUAAUGUGGUUUUGUCUUUAUAAACUCUGUGGUGCUCAACUUGGGGGCCAAGAGUUCUUUGUGGCAGGAGUCUGACAUCAGUCACAGAUUAAAUAAAGGACUCUGAUCUGGC